AUGACUGUGAACUAAUCCGAUACGAUGCAGGAUGCAUUCCAUCACUCAGCUCAGCUACCUAUAUUAACCAGUCAUCCCCGGGUUCUCAGCCUCUCUUCCUCCAGAAUUCACGCACUACAACUUAAAAAUCACGACAGACACAAUGGUCCAACCUUUGGAGAUCCGGUUCCCCGCAACCGACCCCAACGCAUGGAGUAUAAUCACCAUCGCCGAAGAACUCGCAAUCCCAUACACAAUCCACCCCGACCAAAUCCCCUCAUCUCGCUCACCAAGCAUUAUCCCAUCGACCCAAGAACUCCCAAACCCCAACACAAGAACCACCCUCUUCCACGCCAACCCGAUCAUCCAAUACCUCGUCGACCACUACGACCACACAAAUGCUCUGAGCACUACUGCUACCACCACGGAGAAACACCUCCUGAACCAAUGGCUGCAUCUCCAGACGACGCUGAGCUCCAGCCCCAGCCCCAGCCCCAACUCCCAAACCCACAACGUCCUGGCAACGCUGAACACCGCCCUGACGAAUCAACCCUGGCUCGUGGGCGAGCGCUGCAGCCACGCCGAUUUGGCGUUUUUACCGGGUCUCCACGGUCUUGCUUCUUCUUCCGGGGAUGAUGGCCUGGGAUUGGAGCUGAUGCGGGCGUAUCCGUUUGUCGCGGCGUGGGUGGGGAGGAUGGAGAGGAGGGGGGCGUGGGGGAGGGUUCUUGCUGCACGGGAGGAGGUGUUGCGGGAUGUGAAUGCCAGUGCGGUUCGACCGGAAGAAGAAGGAUUGUUAGAUGGGGAGAGUGAGUGGGAGGAGCUUGAGGGGUGUUCUGUUGCUGUGGACCGCGUCGAGGAGGAUGAGGGGGAGUUGAGUGUUCAACCUGUGGUUGUUGAGGCUGUGGUGAGGACGGAUCAGGUCCAUGAUGACGAGGAGGAGAGAGAAGGGAUGAUGCCAUGCGCAGCUGGAUUUGCGCUGCAGAGAGUAUCCACAGCUCGCCAGGUGCUGGGCUACGAGCACCGCGACGAUGACAACGAUGACGAUGACGAUGAGAGGGAGGGCCUUCUCCCGUGUGCGGCUUUUAUGUUGCAUGCGCAUGCUCACGCAAUCCCGAGUCAAACGAGGAGCGGCGAGGACGAAGACAGAGAAGGAAUCCCCCCGUGCGGCGCCUUUGUCGCGCACGCGAAGCACCCAUCGAAUGCCACGACAGUCGUCGAGGAUGAUGACGAUGAAAGAGAGGGCAUUCUCCCGUGCGGUGCAUUCAGCGCCCACGCGCAGCAUGCACCCUCCACCGUCGAAGCCGAGAUCAACAAUGACAAUGACGCCGACGAGAAAGAAGGCAUGCUCCCCUGCGCCGGGAUCGGGAUGCCGACGCCACACGCAACAUGCACAGCCGAGGAGGAUGAUUUCGAGCGCGAGGGCAUGCCUCCCUGCUCUCUGAUGGGGAUGGUAUACUAAGCCAGCCAUAAAGCGAGACAGUUAACUCAUCCGCGCUGAACAAAUUGCUCCAGCCAGCGCGACCAUAAUAACAUAAUGCGAACACGAUCU